AUGACAGCCCACGCCACCCAUGGCCAUACGGCCCUCACGCCGCCGACCCCCCACCCCAAUCUCAAUAUAUCAGACCUCCCCCACGAAAUCCUCCUCCUAAUCCUCUCCUCCCUCCCCACCGCCGCCGACGUCUCCCACCUGGGCUUAACCUGCCGCCGUCUGCGGCGGCUCGUGACCUCGGAGGGGUGGCGCGCCUUUGUGAUUGCCAGGUUUCCUUCGCUUGUUGAGUCCAUCCCCACCGCUCCCGCUCCCAUUUCUGGCUCUGGCUCUGGCUCUGGCUCUGGCUCUCAAGGAGGACAACAACAAAAUGGAAGUGGAGGAGGAGGAGGAGGGAGAUACGGCUGGCAAGAGAUAGCCGAGAGUUUAACCUGGCAAAGUAGGUGUUGGGAUAAGAGGGCGGUGGGGUUUUGUGCUAUCUACCCUACUACCUCCUCCGCUUCUUCUGGGACUGGACAUGGACAUGGACAUGGGCAGAGAGGAGGGGGUGGGCAACAGGGACAGCAGGGACAGCAGGGACAGCGGGGAAAUAUGUUUCAAUCGGUGGUGGACGCGCACUUUGAUUUCGCUACGGGGAGGGAGUUACUCAUCUGGGCAAGGAGGAGAGAUUGGGGAGGCGGACAGAAGAGUAAGAGUGCGCCGAAGUUUAGUUGGUUUAAAGCCGAGGGGAGGGAGGAGGGGGCUUUGUGUGUUGUUAGGGGGGAUGUGCCUCUGUCCGGGAAGGGGUCGGGGUCGGGGUCGGGGGGAACCAAGGGGAACGGAGGAGCAGGGGGAUAUGGAAGGGGGGAUAAUGGGGAUUUGGCCCUGGGGGAGAGGUUUGGGAAGAGGAUUGUGAGGUUUAGGCCACAAGAAGGGGAGGAAGGGGAAAGAUUGGUGCAGGACACGAUUAACAGCGUGGAUGUGUUGUAUGAUGCCCCGGGGGGAAGGAGGUUGCUGGCGGCGGCGACGAAGAAGGCGGUGGGGGUUUAUGCUUUGCCGGAUGGGAAAGAGGAGGUGGGAGAGGAUGAGGAGGUGUCGCCGGUGGUGGUUUACGAUUUGCAGAGGAGUGUGUUGGACAGCAACACGGCUCAAUUGUGCAGCGCGAAGUGGAUGGGUGGUCAGGGGAAUGUGAUGGCUUUGGCGCUUAAGGGGUGCAGUGAACGACUGCAGUACCUUUCGAUCACGGAGUCGGGGUGGACGCAUCAUACUACGGCGAAGAGUAUCAUCAACUCGGGAGGUGUGGGCGGGUUGAGUAUCCCUGAUGCGGAUAUCUGUGCGAACUCCCUUUCGCCUGUCUACGCCAAUCCCAACCAGCAAAAGUCGGGCGGGACAACACUGCUCCUCUCGGCAUGGAAAGACGGUACCUGUCGCCUUCAGGACCUACGAACUUCUUCUCCCUACGACGCUAUCUAUCAAGACAACAUCCAGCCCUGGGAUCAUGUCGAGGCCAUCCUCACGUACGGUACAGAGCGCUUCGUUGCUGGCGCUGGUAACUCUGGCGCAACCAUCAAGAUAUUCGACUUCCGGUGGCCGAAACCAUACUCUCACACCUCAGCCCUCCCCUGCCUCGGUCGCCAACCUUUUCCGAAACCUCACCAACCUUUCGCCAAGGCACCCAACGCUUCUCCCACCGGCCGUGCAAGAUGCGAUUAUCUAGCAGGCUUAGAAUGCCACUGGCACUCCCUCUCCAAGCACCUCUACUAUCGGCCCAACGCAACCAUCUUCCUCCCGCGCGGCGUGCCCGGCCACGAACACGACCGGAGCAACCAGCACGGCUUCACACGGACUUGGUCCCUCGCCAAAGCCUCUGACUCGGCUCCGAACUUCUACAUGGGCGUUUCCGGCGGAGUGAUCGAAGCCAACCUUCAACCGGCCCCUUCCAGCCCUUCAAACCCGGUAGAAAUCGACCCCAUAUACGGGUACAACUACCCCUAUUUCACCGGCCCAUUGCCAGUCACCGGUCACCCGGCACUCUCCCACUCCACCUUCUCCCCUUACUCCUCGAGAAACCAAAGCCAGGUAAAUCAAGGCGCAGCGGAAGGGUACACAACCGUUCCCAUCAAAUACUCGCUCAUGGAAACGGGCGAUGGACUGUCGGUGGAAGCGAACGACAGAUCAAUUCGCAUGCCGAGGAUGAUGGGUCCCUUUGAACCCUCUUCUUCUGCUUUUGCUAACCCUGCGUCGCCGUUCGGGAGGGUUCCCCCAACGGCUCCGAGGGCGGAUAGGGAACGAGCGGCGGCGGCAGCAGCAGCAGCAGCAAGGGGAGGUCAUGGUGGACGAGGAGGUGGAGGCAACCUAAGUUUUGGCCGGAAUGGAAACGGAUCAUGGGUGACGAACAAUACGAAUAGGGAUGGAUCGGCGACAAGUCAAAAACAGGUGUGGGAGCAGUGGAAGGAGGGCGUUGAGCUGCCGGCUGGGUAUCAGACUACGAUUGAUUUUGGGGUGUUGUUGGAGGAUGAAAAGGGGGAGACGGGGUUGGAGGGGAGGGUGGAGAGGAUGGUUGUUUGA